GCGGGAGUAUUGUGGAAUGUUUGCAGUCGAAAGACUCMAAAUUUCAGCCGUUUUGUGCUACAUAUGACUCGAGUGUCGUCUUUAGGAUUAAAGACAUUGGUCAUCCCAAGAUCUYUUUUUGCUACAGCAAGUGAUCCUUCAACUAAACCAACCAAGAUGUCAGGUUUGGCAGCRCAGUACAUGAACGUGAAAAAAAAAUUCCCAGACUUCAUUGUGUUGUUUCAAGUUGGGGACUUCUAUGAGAUCUACAGCCAAGAUGCUCUGAAGGUUGCAGAAAAGACAUCGCUAAGAGUGUCUAAGAAUCCUAAUGUCAAUCGUGUUAUGGCUGGUUUUCCUGUCAGAUCUCUUGACAGCUGGUUAACGACUCUGGUGCAACAAGGAUUUCAACUUGCUAUUUGUCCACAAAUGCCAGAAAAGACCCAAAAGUCCUCRAAGCUCAUCCAUCGUGAAGUUGUAAGGCUGGUGACCCCAGGGACACUACUAGAACCAUUGCAUCCUGAUGCUAAUUACCUUCUUAGCAUAAUAAGGGGCCCAGGAACAUCAUUAGGAAUGGCCUGGAUGGACAUCUCAACAGGGGACUUUCAGAUGGGUACCUCAACACUAGAGGACCUUGAUCAAGACCUGGCUAGAGUCAACCCUGCUGAGAUUCUACUGACAGAAGAAGACAUCAAAGAUUCUGAAAGAAAACCUAAUUAUAAAAUAGGUCAAACCACUAAAAAAUCCUCCCUCAGCUGUGUGCAUGAAUAUCAUGUCACUGUGAUACCCAAAGACUGGUUUGCRGAAGACUCAAGCAGCGAGCUUCACAUAUCCAUGACCUCUAGUAAUUCUCAGUUUUCAGCAAUCGAAAUAAGUGCAGGGGAAGCAUUGUUGAAGUAUAUUAGCUACACUCAAAGAGAAGUCACUCCACUGUUGAACAAACCAAUGAGAUUCACCCAAGACACGCACAUGGCGAUUGACUUCAACACCCGAAGAUCACUAGAACUCACAAAACCUCUAAUGAGCACCAAUCAGAAAGCAUCGUUAUUUGGAGUAAUGAACAAUACUUCUACCUCAGCUGGUAGACGCCUAUUGUAUGCAAGGCUUUGUGCACCUUCAACGACACUGGAUGUUAUUCAAUCAAGACUAGAUUCUGUGGAAUUUUUCUAUAAUAAUAGAUAUAUAGCAGAGACAAUACACAAGGAAUUGAGGCAGUGUUCAGAUAUCGAGCGUCGACUACAAAAGGUUGCCACAGGAACAGCAGAGUUAGGAGAUCUCCGUUCAAUCCGUAACGCUAUCCUCCUCUACUCCAACAUUCUUUCCAUCCUGAAAUCAAGUCCUACGGAAAUAGAUGCCAUAUUACAUUUAUUAGUCAGCGAUUUUGAAGAACUGAACGAGUUAAGAAAUGAGCUGGACCAGGCGGUAGGCGAGUUGACUUCUAAACACAGUGUGAUGGAGGGUUAUUCAGACACCGCAGACGAUAUUAGGGAAAGAAUUGCGCAAAACGAGAAGGAAGUGGCCAAACUUAGAGAGGAUUAUAGAUCAUUGCUAGGGAUUUCCAAGUUGGUCAUCAAUAGCCACAAGUCUUUCAUACGUGUGGUCGAGAUUCCUUCCUCACACAAAUCGAAGCUGAACGCGCGCGAGGAUUUCGUGAAGGUUGACAACACAAGUGACAAAAUGCGCUAUAGCACUUUAAAACUACAGGAAUUGAACGCUGAACUGAAAGGUUUGCAGGAGGAAUACGAGCGCGUCCAAAGAGCACUGUCUGAGGAACUGUGUCAACAGGUGACUUUUCGAGCAGACCACAUCAAACGCGUAGCUAAAUCAUUCGCUGCGCUAGACGUUGCUUCUUCUUUGGCUCUCCUGGCACUGAAUCGUGGGUACACCAAGCCAGUGAUGGUCGAAGGCACAGAGUUUCGAGUUGCAGGAGGCCGACAUCCUGUAGUGGACAUUCUUCAGCCUGAAAGCUUCGUGUCUAAUGACUGUAACUUGAAUGAAAAGAAAGUGUGGAUCGUAACGGGCCCCAACAUGGGGGGUAAAAGCACAUUUCUACGUCAGAACGCCCUAAUCUCUAUCCUUGCACAAGCUGGUUCGUUUGUCCCGGCACACCAUGCCAGUCUUGGAAUCGUCGAUAGGGUAUUCGCGCGCAUCGGUGCCAGUGACAACCUCGUUCAACAUCAAUCCACUUUCAUGGCAGAAAUGUUGGAGACUGCGUACAUUUUAUSUCACGCUACACAAAAUUCGUUGGUAGUCGUUGAUGAAAUAGGUCGCGGCACGUCAAUGCUCGACGGGCUAUCGAUAGCUUGGGCUGUAAUUGAAUACUUACAUGACGUCAUUGGCUGUAGAACAUUGGCCUCCACUCACUUCCACCAACUCGCGCACAUGUCAUCGAGUCUUCCACGUGUUGGGAGCUAUCACGUGACUGCUCAUAACUCUCCGCAACACGGGAUCAUUUUCACUUUUAAAGUUAUGAGUGGUGUUGACUACAAAUCAUUUGGUAUCGACGUUGCUCGUCUCGCUGGCAUCCCAGAAACAGUGGAGUUCCGGGCCAGGGAACUAUUGGCACCCCUAGAAAARAAGGCUGAUUUCCGGUUGGAUUUAAAUCCAGCACAUGUUGUUACAAGCGAUUGAAAACAAAGAGACGAUUCCUUAAUGCGCAUGCGUGCUUGGGAACAGAUUCCUCGCUCAAGUAUCGAUUUGCGCAUGUCUGUAAUUAUCAUUACAUCCAACGCAUCAGCAGCGUGUAGAUUGGUAAUCUGGAAAAUCUUCAACAUUCUCAGACUGCUCUCUUUCYGUCAUUCUUAUAGUCCAGUGUUGUUCUUUUGCGUUCACAUUCUUACCUAAAUGCAGCAUGCAGCCACUUAAAAUAAAGACACUUACCCAAGGUAAGCUCCUCUCAGUAGAUGCUUGCAUUAUCGAGUAGUGCUAAUUAACUUACGACAGUAGAGACUAUAAUCAUCCCUAUAUAAAGGCUCACUUUGCAAAAAUAACAUUGGCUAAAUAAUCAUCCUGAUGCASAAGGGCUUAGAUUACACCUUGGGUUACACCCCUAUAUGAAGUCUUAGGCUCAGGUCAAACGUCGAACUUCACAURAGCCAAACGUUAUUGAAACGAUGGAUGACAAGACGUCCUCUUUGAUGUCAUUAGGUUCAGCUCAUGUGAAGUUCGACGUUUGACCCUAGUCUUGCUAAAUUUUCAUAUGCUAAAUAAUCUUGUUAUCCUCYAAUUAGAUACGCAAGAGCUUAGGUUACAUCUUAGGCUACAUCCCUAUAUAAAGUCUUACUCGCUUCUCUAUGUACAGGUUGACAGACACCAUGUCUCACACCCAGUGCCUUUUUUUGGUUCAURGUGCAGUUUUCGUAUGACUGUGAAAAGCUCGGUGCCGUAAGCGUGAAGUGUCGUGACCGUGAUACUUUCUAGAAUUUUAAUUGKCUGAUUUUUUCACGCGCAAUAUGAUUGGUUUAAAAGUGCCGUAAUCUUGGMGUGACCGUGUCCGCGACGUGUUUAUGCCGUGUUCCGGGUAUUUGAUUGGAUGGAGAGUAAAUUCUCGUGCAAUGUGAUUUGUCACGCGUAUCCCUUGCUGUGUCACGACCGUGUUCGUGCCGUGAACUUUUCACAGUCAUACGAAAACUGCACUAUUACAGUCAAACCAGCUCAUGCGUCCCUACCAAGGUUCAAAGCUUCUUAUGAUACACUCAACAAAAUUGAAGAAUUUAAUUGGGACUCCCACAGAGUACAGUUUGGGAUUUAAUUGUAUUCCACUUGUCCAAUCAGUAUCGAGUAAUUUUGUUGAGUGUAUUAUAAAGUUAACAAAUACCUACAAAGCUGAGACCACUGAGGAUGAUGGGAAAAAUUUAAAAAACUAACAAGGAUUAAAAAUUAAARCUUUUAAUACAAACGUCAGCAGCUUAUUGAGGAUGCUCACUCGAGGUGAACUUAAACUGUAACUGGUAAAACAGAGCGCAUGCAGUAAAACCAUGAAAUAUAAAACAAAGUUGAUACUGACCAAUAGUAGCUAUUUCUGAUUAAUAGUUGAUAUCACUCAACCAGCACAGUUCAUUAAACAAAAGACAAAAAUGAAUGGCCUCUUGUGUAUUUAGCUUUGUGUAAUGAAUGUUCUGGUUGAGGGAUAGCAACUAUUAGUCACUAAAUAGCUACUAAUACUGGUGUAAAUAUUUAUAAAUGGAUAUGAUGUCGCUGGAAUUGUUUAAUACCAGUUUUUGUAAAAAGU